UGACCUGACGGCACUUUUCAGAAGGAAGUUAGCUGAGUUAGAUCACAAUAUUUGACAGUUUUACACGCUUUAAUCGUGUUUAUAAACCUUUGCGUUGCUUCCAGUCGCGAUGGACAGAACACAGAGACCGUUGCUAGCUGUGGGGACGGUGAUUUUGGGAGUUCUACCCGACUUAGCCCUAGCAGAUGACACAGAUGACUGUUCCCUGGGUAAGAAGAUCCCAGUGUUUGGCUGUACCCCUAACGUACUGGGCAUGGUGGCUGCCUGUCUGUUUGUUCUGCUGCUCCUGAUCAUCGGCUGCUGCUUCUACAGAGGAUGUGACAGGAAGAACAAGAAGAAACAAGUCCCGACAGUAACAGGUGGCCUGAGUUCAGAUCAGCCGGCUACAACAGAAACAUUCCCCAUGGCCCCUCCACCCUACUCCCAGUCAGACCAGCCGUACGCAGGGGCACAGGUGUAUUUUGUACGACCGUAUCCCGGUGCUGAAAAUCCACCCCAACCAGCCCCGGGCGGCCAGGCUACAUGGACCGAGCCUCCUCCACCUUAUACAACAGACACUAAAGUACCUCUGUGAAGCCAGGGUUGACACUUCACAACCCUUAACAACACAUUACAGACACAAACAAACAUAAAUACACAAAUAGACUAAACGCACAACAAUUUAAACACAGUUUUUAAAUAUGAGUAUCUGUACUGGCAGUCUGGUUUAAGAAGACAUUUUAUUAUUCUAUCAAUGUUGUGGAUGUUGUGUAAGAUUCUUUUUUAA